AUGUCGUACCUCAAUGCGACAGCCAUUCUUGAGCACGCUCUCCCUCACACCUCCGACACCUACUGGAACCAAUUCGAUACGGUCUCCAAGUACAAUGUACAUCUCAACUAUUUCGAGCGCCUCUGGAUGGCGUGGUAUGCGUACAUUGGCAACGACGUUCUUGCCACUGGUAUCAUGUCUUUCAUGAUGCACGAACUCGUCUACUUUGGCCGCUCUCUUCCUUGGAUGAUCAUUGAUCGUAUUCCUUAUUUCAACAAGUACAAGAUCCAGAACCAAAAAAUCCCCACUGCUGCUGAACAAUGGCAAUGCGCCAAGCUCGUACUGAUCAGUCAUUUUACUGUUGAGCUUCCUCAGAUUUGGCUCUUCCACCCUAUGGCUCAAUUCUUCGGCCUCGGCACCGAGGUACCAUUUCCCCCUGUCUACAAGAUGGCAUACCAGAUCGCCAUCUUCUUCGUCCUCGAGGACACAUGGCAUUACUGGAUGCACCGCGCCUUCCACUGGGGUCCUCUCUACAAGGCUGUCCACAAGAUUCACCAUCAAUACUCUGCUCCUUUCGGUCUUGCUGCCGAGUACGCAUCGCCUAUUGAGGUCAUGAGCUUGGGUUUCGGCACCGUCGGUAUCCCCAUCGUCUGGUGCGCCAUCACCAAGGAUCUCCACAUUCUGACCAUGUACAUCUGGAUCGUCCUCCGCCUCUUCCAAGCCAUCGACGCUCAUUCCGGCUACGAGUUCCCCUGGUCGCUCCAUCACUUCCUUCCCUUCUGGGCCGGCGCCGAGCACCACGACGUACACCACGAGAAAUUUAUCGGAAACUACUCCAGCUCUUUCCGCUGGUGGGACUACGUCCUUGACACCGAGGCCGGUGCCGAGGCUUCCAAGAGAAGAAGAGAGAAGAAGCUUGCAAAGGCCAGAAAGGCUCAAUAG